AUGGCUACUCUCGUCGCUGCCGCCCAGAAUGCCUCGACCCGAUCCCUCCUCUUGCCUUGUCUCGCUGCUGUCCUGCUCGCGCUGUAUCUCUACGCUUUCCGCUCGUGGUAUCGCCUACGCCAUGUUCCCGGACCUUUCCUGGCCUCCAUCUCGGGCAUCUGGAUGGUCAAGAAGGCCCUGAGUGGUCGGUUCCACGAGCAUCUCAAGGAGGUCUCAGAGAAAUAUGGCUCUCUGGUGCGUAUUGGUCCAAAUGAGUUGCUCUCCACAGAUCCAGAAGUUUUGCGCAUGAUGAGCGCAGUUCGUUCUCCGUACACAAAAGGUUUGUUCUACGAGACUGGGCGCAUCAUUCCUGGCGAGGAGACGGUUGUUUCGCUGCGAGAUGAGCAUGAGCAUAAACUAUUGAGAGCCAAAAUGGGCACAGCGUUUGGCGGCAAGGAGAAUGAAGGAUUCGGCUUUGGCGCUGGCAUUGACCGCCAAAUCCUCUCCUUCAUGGAUCUGAUUGACAGAAAGUAUAUAUCAACACCCACCGAGUAUCGCCCUGUGCAAUUCUUCCGGAAAACUUCCUUUUUUGCACUCGACGUCAUUGGCGAUAUAUCAUUCGGAGACGCCUUUGGAUUCCUGAAUCAAGACCAGGACUUGUAUCGUUAUAACGAAAUACACGAUGAAUCGCUGCCUGUCAUGAACAUCAUCUCAACAAUGCCCUGGCUCGCUACAAUCCUGUAUCGUUGGCCAUUCAAUCUUCUUCUACCCAAAGAAGGUGACCAGGUCGGGUUCGGUCGACUCAUGGGAUUUGCAAAGUCUCUGAUCGAUAAGAGAUUACGACCGGGUUCACGGCCCCAGAAAGAUAUGAUGCAGGCAUUCAUUAACAACGGCAUGUCACGAUCCGAGCUUAUCCAACAGGUAUUCGUUCAAAUCAUUGCCGGAUCCGUCUCUUCGGCGACAGCCAUGUGCAUGACCUUGCUGUGCCUCAUCACUACUCCAACCUCAUACACCACAUUGCAGAAGGAGAUUGACAGUGCCAUUCGCAAUGGUAAAAUCAGCUUCCCCAUUGCUGAGUCUGAGGCCAAGAAGUUGCCAUACUUGCAAGCCGUCAUUCGCGAAGGCCUGCGUAUGUAUCCUCCCGUGACCGGCCUAGGGUCUAAGCAAGUCCCAAAGGGAGGUGACCUUAUCAAUGGCCACUUCGUCCCGGAAGGCACCCAGGUCGGUACAAAUUACUUUGGACUCAUGCGCUGCAAGGAUGUUUGGGGCAACGAUGCCGACGUUUUCCGGCCAGAGAGGUGGCUCGAGGCCGAUGAUGAGCGGCUGAGGAUCAUGAAUGGUGUAGUGGAUCUAACCUUCGGCUACGGCAAGUACUCCUGCCUGGGAAAGCCAAUCGCCAUGAUGGAGCUGAACAAAAUCUUUGUCGAGCUGUUGCGAAGAUAUGAUUUUACUAUAGUAAACCCCCAAUCUCCGAUCAAAGCAUGGAGUGCUGUGUUCUGGGUAGCGAAUGACUUUUGGCUGCGAAUCACCAAGAGAGAAUAA